CCUUGACAUCCACCUCAAAAUGUCUUCGUCCGUCAAAAGAAGAAAAGUCGAUACAGAUCUACCCUCGGGGCUGUCGAAGAAGAAACAUGUCGUGAAGGAAAAGAGACCUGCAAAGGUGUCGCGCGAGGCCACCCCAGAGCCAGCGCCAGCCGCGGAAGAAGAGCUAGAGGCAGAGGAGGCAAAGGCAGAGGAGGCAAAGGCGGAAGAGGAAGUCGUAAAGUCUUUCAAGGACUUGGUAUGUCGAAUUAUUCUCAAUUGAUCAAGUAUCCAAAUCGCAGACUAAUCCCAUUUUAAGGGCAUCAUCGAUUCCCUAUGCGACGCAUGUACCGCCUUGGGAUAUAAAGCCCCAACCCCAAUCCAAGCCCAAUCAAUACCACUCGCUUUAGAAGGCAGGGAUAUGAUAGGAUUGGCAGAGACCGGUAGUGGAAAGACUGCAGCUUUUGCAUUGCCGAUACUCCAGGCUCUCCUCGAUAAACCUCAAGCUCUCUUCGGCCUGGUUCUUGCGCCAACCCGCGAACUGGCAUAUCAAAUUUCUCAACAAUUCGAAGCUCUAGGAUCCUUAAUAUCCGUCCGAUGCGUCGUCAUAGUCGGAGGAAUGGACAUGGUUCCACAAGCAAUCGCGUUGGGCAAGAAGCCCCAUAUUAUUGUUGCGACGCCCGGACGAUUACUAGAUCAUUUAGAGAACACAAAGGGAUUUUCAUUGCGAGCGCUGAAGUAUCUUGUAAUGGAUGAGGCGGAUCGCCUUCUGGAUCUCGAUUUUGGACCAAUUCUUGACAAAAUCCUCAAAGUCAUUCCUCGCGAGCGCCGAACAUACCUCUUUUCCGCCACAAUGAGCUCCAGGAUUGAGAGUUUACAGCGAGCGAGUUUGAAAGACCCCGUUCGAGUUAGUAUCAGCAGUAACAAGUACCAGACAGUCUCGACGUUGAUUCAGAGUUAUCUGUUUAUUCCACAUCCACACAAGGAUGUAUAUCUGGUCUACCUUGUAAACGAGUUCGCAGGCAAAUCCGCUAUUAUUUUCACACGGACUGUUAAUGAAACUCAACGUAUUGCCAUCCUUCUAAGAACCCUUGGGUUCGGAGCCAUUCCGUUGCAUGGCCAGCUUUCGCAAUCAGCUCGUUUGGGAGCACUCAACAAAUUCCGAGCUGGAUCUAGAGAAAUUCUUGUUGCGACUGAUGUAGCAGCACGUGGUUUAGAUAUUCCCUCGGUGGAUGUCGUCCUGAAUUAUGAUUUGCCGCCAGACAGCAAAACCUAUAUACACAGAGUCGGGCGAACAGCAAGAGCAGGAAAAUCUGGACAUGCCAUCAGUCUAGUAACACAGUACGAUGUCGAAAUCUGGCUGAGGAUAGAAGCGGCACUGGGCGCGAAACAGAAGGAGUAUGAUACCGAAAAGGAUGAAGUAAUGGUAUUCAAGGCGCGGGUGGAAGAGGCUCAACGUCAUGCGAGAAAUGAGAUGAAAAAUCUGCAUGAGGAUAGAGGGAAUAAGGGCGCCGUACUGAAAGGUCGACGUCCAGCUAAGGGUGCUAAGAGGGGGCGAGAUGGAAUGGACAAGGAAGAGGGUUAAGCAUGGAUCUGUUUAUUACCUUGUUCCUUCGUGGAUCUUAAUAUACCCAAAUACCACAUUCCACACUCGAAAUAGAGGAGUAGUUCCUCCAUGUGUUAUACAAACUUUUCUUUUCGUCUUCUUUGGAGUGUGUAUAUUCUAUAUAGUUUAAUACUAUAUCCAAAAAGCGCGUGAUAAGAUAUUCAUUUCAGGAAGGUUCUUCGUCUUGUCCCCCGAAACUUGUUGCUCAAGGCCUCAUUUGCGUCU